GAUAAGGGCAAUAUGAAAACUAUACGGAACUUCAGGUGGAUCCUCAUCAAUUUUGUUCUGCUUGGUGAGGCGAAGGGCUAGGGUUUCCAAUGGCGGAGCACUUAGCAUCCAUAUUCGGUACUGAGAAAGACAGGGUGAAUUGCCCUUUUUAUUUCAAGAUCGGAGCUUGCAGGCACGGAGAUCGAUGCUCGAGACUCCACACCAAGCCCAGCAUUAGCCCCACUCUCCUGCUCUCAAACAUGUACCAGCGUCCCGACAUGAUCACCCCCGGCGUCGACGCCCAGGGUCAACCAAUUGACCCCCGCAAGAUUCAGGACCAUUUCGAGGAAUUCUAUGAAGAUUUAUUUGAGGAACUAAGCAAGUAUGGAGAUAUCGAAAGCCUCAAUGUUUGUGAUAACCUCGCCGACCAUAUGGUGGGCAAUGUGUACGUUCAGUUCAGAGAGGAAGAGCAUGCUGCAAAUGCGCUUAAGAACCUAACUGGGAGAUUUUAUGCCGGCCGGCCAAUUAUUGUUGACUUCUCGCCUGUAACGGACUUUCGUGAGGCCACCUGCAGGCAGUAUGAGGAGAAUACUUGCAAUCGGGGUGGCUAUUGCAACUUCAUGCACUUGAAAAGAAUUAGCAGGGAAUUGAGGCACCGAUUGUUUGGGAGGUACCGUAUCAAGCACAGUAGAAGCAGAAGCAGAAGUCCUUAUAGACAUCGAAGCCAUGAGGAACGUUCUCAUCAUAGUCAUAGCAGAAGGCAUGAUGACAGAGACUAUUAUCAUGAAAGUCGAAGCAGGAAACACAGGACUGUAAGCCCUAGGCACUGGAGGGGAGGGAGUCGCAGCCGUAGUCCUAGAGGGAGGAAGAACCGCAGUCCUGAUAGAGAAGGCAGUGAGGAGAGACGUGCCAGAAUUGAGCAAUGGAACAGAGAGAGGGAAGACCAAGAACACGCAACUAAGGUUAAUACUGAGGUGAACAACAAUGGUGGCAUCAAUCACUCUGGCCCCCUGCAAAAUGGUAACGGGUAUCAACAGCGGCAGCAACCUCCACAGGAAGGAGGAUAUGGAUACUGAUUUUUAUUUAUGCAAUCCUCCUGGUGGUGCAGGUGAACAGUUCUGUGAUAUGGAAUGUCUUUCCUCUGUUCUUUUUAAAUCAUAACAUAUGGGAUUUUCUUUUUCUCUCUUUGCAUAGAUCAUUCAUGACUAGUUUCCCAAAUUAUUUCAAGAUUUUCAGCCUUUUUUGAGCCCGGGUCAUCAAAGUCGGUUGUAUUUUAUUCUUUUGUUGGCCGUCAUUUGUGCUAGAAAGCAUUAGAAAUAUUGAGCCCUUCCAUAUUUUCACGCAAUAACGGGAGCUUAAAAGUCAUGGGAGAAAGCUAUUUAUUGUUUCUUCCUUCCACUGUUCUUAUAAAAUUUCAAACGUGUUCACCAUGUUUGGGCUAAAACGUACCAGCAAUUCCUGUUUUUAACAAAUAUUAUUCCUUUAUGCAAUCCUUGCCAAUUUUUUUGAUGCCUCGCUUGCUGCCUCUUCUUUCCACGUCCUUCACCUGCUGGGCAGUGAUCUUAGGGCUUCCCACUUUUUGCAAUUUUUCUCUUGAAAAAAUAUGGGUCUGUUGACGAAGAUUAUUGAACGCAUCUGUGGUCUAUAUUAUUUUCAAAGAAACUAUUUUGUGUCUAGACCAUUUAAUGCGUGAAGUUAGGGUCGCGGAUGAUUUACUACCACGUAUAUAUGGAUGAAACUCUGAUUGAUUCACUUGGUGCAUGCAUGCAUUGUUUUACAGUCAGGGCCACUGAUGAAGACUGUUGAACGACCAAAUUUCGAUGAUUCUGUAUGGUGUUUUGAUUUAUAUGAGAUCCGUUUUACCGUUAAUUUUUUUAAGGGGGGAAGAAGUUAAAUAGUCAUUAUCUUACGUUGUUAUUGAGUUUUGCAGGUUCAGGUGUCCCUGAUUCUCAGGACCGAGCCAUUGAUUUAAUUGCAAUUUACCAUGAAAUUUGUACAGGUUUUCCGGGAGCUCUCUGGCGGCACAUGAUUUAAUGGAAUCUUUCAGGUUUUGAUAUGGAGAUAUAUUGAACAGCAUUUCCUCGUGCAAGUAACUGUUAGAAUGUAUCGUAGUAGUUGGUGACGCUAUCUGCUGCAACAUAUCGCAUUUCAUAUUAUUGGCUAAAGUAGAACUGAUGUUUCUGUUUGUAGCAUGUAGCACUUGGUGGAAGUUGUCAUUUCAGAAUCUUGGUUUGAACAAUUCGCAGCUUGCACCAAUGUCGUCUAUUUUCUUAUUAGCAGGAAAUAAUGCCUCCAAAAAUAGUCACUUUUAAUAGUUUUCCUUCGUGUGAUGGGAAAGUUUGCAAAAUCGCACAAGAAAAAUGUAAUAUCCUUUGCAAGAUUCGGUGAAGUGUUUAUGAUGCCUUUUUUUUUUUUUAAUAAAAAAAGGUCUUUUUUAA